CCUAAAAAAUGGCGAAAGACUCCCAUUGGUCCCGCAUUGUGGCUGCAGCGUGACUCCAGCGCCAUGCCGUUCUAUUUUGAUCAGGAAAUAAAUUCUUGUAUUGAUGCAGUAUAACACUUAGAAAUUGUUUCGAUAAAAAACGAAUUGCCUUACAAAUACACACAUAUAAAUAUAUAUUUGAUUUAUUUUAAUAUAUAAAACUAUUAUUUCGAUCGCCGCUUGUUGCUAGGCAGAUUAUGUUAAUGCGCGGCCAUCUUUGCAGCUACCAUUCCGAGACUUCUAGUUCAUGUAGUGGCUGCUCAUUGGUGGCUGAGUGAGUGGUUGCGAGUGGCAGAAUUUGAGGCUAUCACAAGAUGGCCAUGGAGGACCAGGAAUCAUCCUCUGUGUGGAAUCAAAACCCCAGUAAUGAACCCAACAAUCCAGCUCAGGUGCAUUUUGAGGGUGGAACCGUGGCUCAAAUUGUGUACAGUGGAGAACAGCCUGACAGAGGACAACAGCAAGUUGUAUAUGCUGCGGAUGGAAGUUCCUACACUUCAGUGGAGACUGCUGAACACACACUAGUGUACAUACACCCUGCUGAUGGAGCACAGGCUGUGUUUACAGACCAGCCCCAAGUGGCAUACAUUCAGCAGGAUGGAACAACUCAACAGGUCACAGUAUUAUUGCCAGGUGGCCAGAACAUGAAUGCUGCAAAUUUACAUGUGCUUAGUAAUGUAGCAGAUGCCCCACAGGCAAUACUAGAGCCUGUGUCCCAGAAUCAGCUACCCAGCAGUACUCUGCCUACCAUCACAGAGCCUUCAGUCAGUCCUCUGGCAGCAACUGACUCUACUGUUGACUCCGAGGAUGAAGAAGAUGAAGAUGAUGAGGAUGAGGAUGAUAAUAGAGAUGAAUCAGAAGUGGACGAUUGGGAACCAAGGCCUCCUCAACCUUUCACUCCUCAAAAUCUAUGGUGUGAGGAAUGUAAUAAUUCCAAUCCGGGUGUGUGCUUGAAGCAUGGUCCUCUCUACCCCAUUGUUAAUCGACCUGUGAUGUCCAAAGCCCGUGCUAGCCUUCCUCUUAUCCUCUACAUUGACCAAUUCCAGGGAGGUGUCUUCUCCAAGAGGCGUAUUCCCAAACGUACACAGUUUGGACCUGUAGAGGGACCACUGGUGCCACAGAGCGAACUAACAGACACCCACUUCCAGCUUAAGUUGUGCAUGUUGGACCCUCAAAAAGAUAGCGAAAGAUCAGAGGACGUGUGGAUAAACCUGUCAGAUGAAGAUCGGUGUAACUGGAUGAUGUUCGUCCGUCCUGCUGAAAAUCAUCUGGAGCAGAACCUUGUGGCCUAUCAGUAUGGCUCAGACAUUUUCUAUACCACCAUCAGAAACAUUCCUCCAAAACAGGAGCUUAAGGUCUGGUAUGCUGCGUCAUAUGCAGAGUUUGUGAAUAAAAAGAUUCAUGAAAUUACAGAAGAAGAACGAAAAGUACUGCGAGAGCAAGAAAAGAACUGGCCCUGUUAUGAGUGUAAUCGGCGUUUCAUGAGCUCAGAACAGCUCCAACAGCAUCUUAACAUGCAUGAUGACAAACUGGACCUCAUGCAAAGGCCAAAAGCGCGUCGGCGAGGACGGGGCAGGAAACGAUUCAGUGCUGGAAGGAGACCCGGGAGACGACCUAAAUUUAUUCGUCUGGAAACUCCAGCAGAGGGUGGAGAUAAAAGUCAGGAUUUCCUGGCGUUCUCAAAACUCCCAUAUGAGGAACAGACAGGAAGGGUUAUGAAUGGGUUAAAGGUGGACGAGCUGGGAGAAGAUUCUGUGGAGACAGCUACAGGUGGCACAUUAGAGACCCAAGAAGGACAGACUGACCCUUCAAAUGAUACAAAUACUGCUGAAUCGCAAAUAUCAGCUUCUAAUGAUUCACAGGCUGAUAAGGAGGACCAAAAUACAACAGUUUCUAUUGACCCCCAUCUCACUCCCCAGGACAUGAGGCGUGCUCGGAGGAUUCGGGUAAAUAAUGCUGCUCUGCAGCACCUCUUCAUUAGGAAGUCCUUCCGCCCCUUCAAGUGCACACUUUGUGGAAAAGCCUUUCGGGAGAAGGAUAAAUUAGACCAGCACAUGAGAUAUCACAGUCGGGAAGGUUGUCGAUACACUUGCCACCAAUGUAGCAAAGGCUUUUUGAGCAGUACGGUACUAGAGGAACACCGUCAAAUGCAUUUGGAGCAGCGCAACUACUCCUGCCUGUUUUGUGCUGAGUCCUAUGAUAGGCUGGAGCUGCUCAAAGAGCAUGUCACUGUUCAUUUGGUCAAUGGCUGCUUCUCUUGUCCGUCCUGCAAAAAGACGUUUACAGAUUUCAUACAGGUAAAGAAGCAUGUGCGGAGCUUCCACUCAGAAAAGAUUUUUCAGUGUAUGGAAUGUGAUAAAGCCUUCUGUCGUCCUGACAAGCUCCGGCUACACAUGCUGCGUCACUCUGAUCGCAAAGACUUCCUGUGUUCAACAUGUGGCAAGCAGUUUAAGAGGAAGGAUAAAUUGCGGGAGCACAUGCAGCGCAUGCACAACCCAGAGCGUGAGGCCAAGAAAGCUGAUCGCAUCCAUCGCACAAAGUCUCUGAAGCAAAAGGAGCCCACCACUGACUUUGAGAGCUUUAUGUAUAAAUGCCGGCUCUGCAUGAUGGGCUUUAGACGGAGGGGAAUGCUGGUGAAUCACCUAUCAAAGCGCCACCCUGAGAUGAGAAUAGAAGAGGUCCCUGAGCUGACACUCCCUAUUAUUAAGCCCAACAGAGAUUACUUUUGUCAGUAUUGUGACAAGGUUUAUAAGAGUGCAAGUAAACGCAAAGCUCACAUCCUGAAGAACCACCCAGGUGCAGAAUUACCACCCAGCAUUCGAAAGCUGCGCCCUGCCAGGCCGGGUGAGCCUGACCCCAUGCUGAGCACCCACACUCAGCUGACGGGCACCAUUGCCACAGCCCCUGUCUGUUGUCCACACUGUGCAAAGCAGUAUAGUAGUAAGACAAAAAUGGUGCAGCACAUACGCAAAAAACAUCCAGAAUUUGCACAGCUAGCCAACAGCAUUCAAGCUCCUUUACCUACAACCGUCAUUAACAGCACUCCAGCAGUCAUCGCAACUGAUGGUACUACGGCUGAAGCUGUGGUGACAACAGACCUUUUGACACAGGCAAUGACUGAGCUGUCUCAGACUCUGACCACAGACUACCGCACAGUGCAGGGAGACUUUCAGAGGAUACAGUAUAUACCUGUGACGCAGGCUGGAGGGGGUUUGGCCCAGCCACAGCACAUCCAGUUGCAGGUGGUGCAGGUUGCUCCGCCAUCAACUUCCCAGUCCCAACACUCAACAGUGGACAUGACCCAGCUGCAGGAUCCUCAUAGCUUUACUCAGCACUCUAUUCAGGUGCAACAUAUCCAGGUUUCUGAAGCCGUGGGGACCGUACAGGCCAGUGCACAGGUGACCGACCAGCCUUUGAGCCCUUCCUCUCAACAAGCAGCCCAGGAGUUAAAUUCAGGUCGCUUACAAACACCACCUGGUCAAAGUCAAGGCCCAGUGCAGCAAGCUUACUUGCCUAGCAAUUGGAACUAUCGCAGUUACCCCUCUGAAAUACAGAUGAUGGCUUUGCCUCAUGGUCAAUAUGUGCUUGCAGAUGCUAGCACACCUGUCUCGGCCACUGCAAACAACAGUCAAGUAAAAACGACUCAUUAUGUAAUCUCUGAGGGACAGACUGAGCUGGAUAAUAAACAAGAUAAUGCCCCAUCCAUUACUAAUGAUGUGAACACUGACCCAUUGGAGCAACCAUCUGCCAGUCAACAGGCUACCACCCAAUAUAUCAUCAAAACCACAACUAAUGGAUCUGGUGCUAGUGAGGUGCAAAUUACAAAACCUUAAGCUAGGAUGUGUCCUUGAAUGGUCUGUUAUGAUUUUAACUCAAUGUUAAUUCUUAACUUUUUUAUGUUAAGAUCGUACUAUUUUCAUGUGAAAUUUCUUUGAGGUAUUGGGCAGGUUUUAUUUUUUGUUGAGUACAAAAUGUGUAAAUCCGUAAAAAAAAAAAGAAAAAAAAAGUCUUGUUGUGUAUCUAGAUUAGCAGUCACAGAUUAAAUCAAGUUUGACACUGAAUGUAUAAAAUGUAUAGAACAAUGAAAUCUCUUCAAUUAAUUUCUGCAUUCCCAAUUGCAGCUUCCAAUUUUUGUUUCCUGAAAUUCAUGUAUGUUUUAAAUUGUUGUCCUGUGUUUUGUGUAACAUACCAUGUAUCAUGCAUAUAUACUAAAGCUGCUCACACUGUAUAACUAAAAGAUUUUUACAUUUCUUGGUUCA